AUGUCUUGGAGGACAUUUGACGCCCAAACGGACAUCAGGUCGCUGCCGUCAUUGGACAUUGGUGGCCUGAUCUCCAUCCUGCCCUCCCACUCUCCCCCUUCCUCCCCAGUGCCGUCCCGCUGCAUGAUGAGUGAUAUCCUGUGUCGUCAUCGUGCCACACUUGCGUGUCCAAUGACAAUCGAGGUCGAUGCGCGUGUGGGGGGCAUGGGAUGGGUUGCAGCAGAAUGUAGGUUGUAUUGGGGCAAUGGCAGGGAUGCAUGGGUCACGUCGUCAACGUACAGUGUUGCGGUCAUAUCUGGCAGUGCUGCCUUGGGGAUCUUGGGGCUGCCGGAUAUGCCAAAAAGACCUAAAUUUGACAUACGAGCGAGAGGGCAGGAAAGGAAGUGGAUGUGGUGGAGAGGAACAGAAAAUGGUGCUGCACAGCCACUCGAUCACGGUGCGGUUGUGCAGUCCGGAGUGAUCGACUGA